GUGAAGCUGCGGUACGGGCUGGACGCGAGAUGGGGCUGCGGAAGGCGCUUCCCUUUUCUUCGGGAUAUCCCUGGAUUCGGGGUUUCCCUGGAAUUCUCCCCGAUGGUUCCGCAUGCUGGGAGUGAAGAGCGGAAAAACUCUAUAACCCACAAAAUACUUGUAAGAGUAGGGGUCCUCCCAAUUUUAUCUAAUUCCCACAGCCCCGCAGAAUCCAUGGAUUCCCUUGUUUUCCUCUGCGCCCGCCGCGUCGUCGCCCAGCGCCCUCUUCCCACCCUUCCCUCCCAUCUCUAUCCCGUCCUUUUCCAAGUGGCAUUCCUGGAUGGAAGACCCCUGGUCCUGCGGGAUUUGGUGGCCACUUGGCCUUUCCCAGAGCUCAACCUCUGGCGCCUCCUGGGGCGCCGAAAGCUGCUCCGGGAUCAUUCCUGCACCGACUGUGUCCAGGCCGUGAUCCAGGGUGUGGUGGAUCAGCUCCGGCAGGAGCCGGAUGAGCGCAGCCGCCAUUCCAGCCUGCGUGUCCUGGACAUGACCAGACUCUCGCAUUCCGUGUCUGGCUGCACUCCCACUGGGUUGACCAUCUGGUUCAGCCAGAAUGCUUUGGCGAAGGCUUGCAUGGAGGUGUCCAAGCACCAGCCAGAAUCCCAGAGGCGCGGAUCCAAGUGGCCCAAAGGCUGCUCCGGAGCCGCCACGGCCGCAGCCGCUCCGCAGCCCCCAGGCGUGGACGUCCACACCGACCUUCGUGUCAACGAAAUGUCCUAUGAGAUCCUCUGCAACACCCUCCAGGCCGGAGCCGCCAGCCCGCUGCGCCUCAAGUGCCGCGAAUUGCAAGCAGGUCACGUCUCGGCAUCCGAGAUCGUGACUUUGUUGGAAUCUCUGGAUCCAUGCUGUCUGCGGACAGUGGAACUGUGGAACACUUGGGGAUUGACCGGACUCUUGGUGAUCCUUCCUCACCUCUCGCGCUUCCCGGAGCUGCGCAGCCUCAAGCUGCAUUACAUCGAUGUGGACGUGCAGCACCUGACGCCAGAAUCAACCAUGAGAAUCCGUUCCGUGGCCAGGCAGCUGGGAAUGCUGCCCGGCCUUCGCGAGCUCAAGCUGAGAUCUUCCAAGCUCUCUGGGAAUCUGCAGCAGAUCCUC